CGAAAGUUGUACCGAGAGGAUUCGACGAAGGCUCGUCGUAUCGCCACAGUCUAUCGUAUAAACUCGUUCCUCUCGCUUCAAACUCGGUUCGUUGAUCAUCCCUUUGAAAACUCGUCUCAAUCUCUCUGUCAACGUAAAUACGUCCCUAAAAUCGAAAAUUAUUCCAAAAUUUUCUCUAUCGCGCUUCGAACUGUUUUGUUUCUGUCCUGCAUUAAACACAAAAAUACCUCGAGUCCUUUGACCAGAGGGAAAUAAACGCGCGCGAGAUAGCACGAUCUCGGAGGAAAAGAGAAGAGAUCAGUCUGCGAACGACUCGACUCACGGAGGACGGUUGAACACUGCCGCGCAAGUCUAUAAAAUGAAGCUGUGGUGGAGCUUGAUAAUGGUGGGGGGAGUCGUUCUGUCGAUGACAGCAAUAACAGCGUCGGCUGAAUCCGAUCUCUGGGAGGAAGACGACAGGGAGGACCUUCUCGUUCGAACGGUUCGAGGCACCAAGGAACGCGCAUCCGCGAGUCCAGCACCGUGCAGAUACACCCAGGGCCAGUGGUCGGAGUGCGAUCCUAAGACCAACACGAGAACUCGAAGCCUCACGUUGAAAAAAGGCGAUAAAUCCUGCGAGCAGUCGAAAACUAUUCAGAAAAAAUGCAAAAAAGGCGUUGCUGGUGGCUCAGCCUGUCGGUACAAAAAGGGUACGUUUAGCGAAUGCGUGAAUCUCUCGAUGACGCGAGUCGACACCCUCAAGCAGAACAGCGACGCAUCUUGCGAGCCGUCACGUCGUAUUACGAAGAGGUGUAAACCGGAAAACAACACAAAAAAAUCUAACAAAGGUGAUCGAUCAAACAAGAAGACUGUAAAGCAGUAAGCCGUUGAAAAAGGAGCAUUCAAAUUUCUACACGCAUUAUCCGCGUCGUGAUGAUAAUAAGAAAAAUAGCGGAACUGAUUAUAUCUCUCAGGCAUAAUCGGCAGAGUAAGAAUCCUUUCGUCUCGAUGAUUCGUGCUAAAAGUUUUAAAAAAGUCAACUUCAAAAGGAGAAAACAUCGACACAAGCGAGAAACAAAAAUAAAAUACAAAUUCGGUAUAUUCUAUACAUAACGCAGACUUCCGGUCAGGUUUAUAGAGUCGCAUAAGGGCGAAGAAUAGCGUGAUUUAAAUCUUAGAAAACGCGCUAUUAAUCUUUGCACAUACUUUACCCAGUUGUCCUUCUCGAAUGAAAACAAUAAUGAAAACAAAAGCACGUUAAUAUUGUACAAUAAUCGAAUAUAAAAUGAACGUAAAUCUUUGUUGAACGUUGGAUACAACAUCGAGUAUAAGCAAGAAACGUGCAAUUUCUUCCCUCCCUCCCCGCCCCAUCAGAUGUUCGUGUUAGCUAGAGAUUGUAAUCGACUUUUCAAUUGUUAAUACUCCGAGAAGCAGAAAAAACACGUUAAUCGUUAUUUAAGGAAAAUAACAGUAAACAAAAAUUAUGGUUAAGAAUCCAAUGAAAAAAAUAAACGAAAAGAGAAGAAAUAGUACGAAAUAAUAAUCUAAAAACUCGGUGUAAAUCUUUUUGACGAUUAAACGUUCGUUGUUCCAAUGAUAAUUAGGGUUAAAUAACGAUUUUAAUGAAAUACCUCGUUUGUGUUUCGCAUGAAUUAAAAAUACGAAUUGUCCAAUAAUUCAAGAAUAAAUAAUGAAAAUAUAUUAAUGAAGGGUGAAAUUUAGCGAACGCGAAUUUUAAUUUCAUUGCGAAGAGAUAAAAAUGAAAAGAAACAAAGGAAAUAAAUGUGUUGAAACCCUAUUUCUGGUCGAUAAAUCUGUGUGUCAAUAAAUCUGUACGAAUGAUCGUCUCCUUCGAUGCAUCACCAAUGAGCAUAAAAAUCAAACUGAAAUAAAUCCAGUUGCAUCAAACGUUCCCGGACGUGAAAUCAACAAAAACAAGUCAAGUAAUCGAUCCUUUGCGACUCGGAAACGCGAUAAAUCUUCAAAAUAUAUCAUAAGCAAAACGUAAAUGUUUCACCGUACCCCCCAACUCAUGAAAAAAAAAAAAAAACAGGCAACACACACGCACACACACACACACACACGCGCGACAAAGAUAAAGUGAAAAUAUUCUUCAAAACAUUUUCGAAUCAUAGAGAAAAACGUAGUCGAUUGUAGCGCUAAGGAAUCGCGAGAUGAGACUUCUGGAUCGUUUCAAUCUGAUCGCAUUUAUUGCUGCAAUACAUAGAACAAACAAACAAAAACAGACAGAAAUAAACAUUUUUUUCGUUUCCAGAAAGAAAACAACAAAACACUUGAAUAAAUUUACAUACACACCAUAUCAAUCGUAAACGCGUAAAUUAAGGCUUUAUAUACAUAAGAUCCAUAGAUCGAUAGAUCAGUUCCGUGGGAUAUCGGGUCAGAAAUGGGCACGACUUAGAAUUUUAAAAAUGAGAUCACCUUAUCAUCCGAUUUACUGCGUCGAAUUAGCAUUAAUUUGUUGAAUAAUUUUUUCUCUGACAUUUGCAGAAAAGAUGUUCAUUUCGAAGAACAGAAAUUUUGCACGGAAAUGAAAUUCGAAAAAGUAUGAAAUAAAAAUGUUUUUUCGCUCAAAGUCGUGCCUGUUUCUCCAUUCGACUCAUUAUCGUUGAAAACAACAAUUUUUAAAUAGAUUGUAUAUCUCUCUCGUGCUUUACCUCUUUACGUAGUUGAAAACGAUUGAAAAAUGGAUUCUCUCGGUGUGCUUAUCGCAUUGUAACAUAGCAUGAUAGAACAUAAAAAAGGGAAAAGUAAGAGAUAAAUGAAGAAUUUGGCGGUAUGCCAUUGACGAUAAAGUCUCUUAAGAAUUUUUUUCGAUAUUUUAGAAAAAACCAUGUGUUUAGGCUGAAUCCUCGCCUGAAAUGCAGAAAUGGGCAAAAUCUUAUUCUUCCAAUUACAUUUAAGGAAAUAAAACAAUUAUUAUUUUAUUAUUGUAUUUCAAUACUAUCCUUAUUUCUUCUUAACACGUGUAGUAACUCGUAAUGAUUUUUCAUUUUUUUCUCGAUGAAAAUUCAUCAUGAGAGAACAAAAAAUCGAUGGGAUUUGCAUUGGAUUGAAUGAUUUGAAAUGUAAGUGAAAAAAUGUUGGAUUUUACACAUUUCUGCUGUGACAUAGUGAAUCUGACGACGGUAAAUUAGAAAUUCAUGGAAUUUAGAUAAUUCUGUUUGCGCAAAGGCAGAAAAAAAAUGAUAAUAAAACCCGUAGUUACAGUUACACGAAUUUUAACUGUACACUUUUAUAUUCAUCGACGUACUGUCUACAGGGCUAAAUCUCAUUCGAGACGGUAUCCUUAAAUCCAGCUCUGAAUUCAGAUUCGGUUCGAGAAUGCUUUUUUUUCUCAUUUGCAUUGAAAAGCAUUAAAAUAAAAAAAAAAUAAUAACUAACAAAGCCGUGGAGAAUUUUAUUAUGCACAACGACAGGAGACUGGCGCACAAUAAAGAAUUACAAAAAAAAAACAAUAAACAAAGAUAAAAAAAUAAAAAUGGAAUCUACGAGUAAAGUUACCGUGACGAAUGGGAUGCUCUCUCGAUGCUAUUUUGAAACUGCAUUUACUUAUUAGUCAGUGGCGAGAAAACGAACAUUUGUCAUUUUUACGAAAGAAAAAAAAAAACAGUUCGUGUCGUCACGUUUAUUCUCGAUGAAUUAACGAACAAAAUAACAAAUAACCUGUGCUACAGGCGACGUGUCGAUAAUUCGAUCUAUCUGUACCGACGAUCCAAAUACUCCAAAAAUAAAAACCAAAAAAAAAAAAAUACAAAAAUACUUGUAUAAUGUAUAUCACUUGCAUAUUAAAGAAAAAAAAAGAAAAAAUAAAACGGUGUAAUCAUGACACAUGUAACACAAUAAUUUUAAAGAAUGCAAUGUUGUCAAUAAAAAUAAAAAUUAUGUAUAAGAAAUGAAAAACAACGUUUUUGAAUAUUUUCAUUGAAAUUCUUUUAUUUCCUCCGUUUAUUCGUAAAAAAUAGUAUACAAAGCUGCAAGUCGAGAUUAUCGUUUGAACAACACAGUUUUGUCAAAAUUCUACCCUAAAUUGUAUAAAUGUAUUAAAAAAAAGAUACAAAACUAUUAAAUGGACGGAUAUUUUUUCGUUUAUCUUAACGAC